CCUGCGCGGCCUCCCCGGGGGUGGGGACCCCUGCCCCGACGGCUCCCCCAGACACUUGGCUGCUCGGAGCCUCCUGCCCACAGAGCACAGGGAGGAAUUCCAGGCCGAGGGGGAUGCGGUGCCGCUGCCUCUGCAUGCCACGAGCUGGUGCUGCGGGUGGCCGGUGGUCCCUCCUUGCCUGGUGCGCACGGGCCAGCCAGGUCCUGCCCCUUGUCCUCACGUGAACCAGGAGCCCCAGGGUGGACACUGAGCAGCAUCCCCGGCCCAGGGCGAGGGCAGCAGAGGGUUGAACGGCGGCUCCAGCCAGGAGAUGGACAGAGUCACCAGGCACCUGGUCUUCCAGCUCCCCCAGCCCUCGCACAAGCACGACUCUAAUGAUGCUCCCCAGGCCGGUGCAUGGGCAGAGCAGAGGGCCGACAGCGACGACGACGUCUUUGGCCCUGCUCAACACAGCAGCCAGCGGGUGGAAAAUGGCUAUGGCUGGAAAACAAGGUCAAAGUCACCCUCAUACUUCCUGGAUGGUGGAAGAGAUGUCUGGACCCCGUCCCCGGACAGGGAGUCCAAGCUGGAGGUGGUGAGGUCAGGAAGCCUGUACGACCUCAGGGCCUACAGAGGUGAGAGGAAACCCUCAAAGCUUUACGAUGAGGACGAGCAGGAACAGUGUAGGGUCCCUCCACCAAACAUCUCGCCUGAGAAAGCCAAGGAGCUGGAGGAGGAGAGGAAGGAGGUCAUCCGGAACCAGGUGAUGAGGAAGAGCUCCACCAUGGCUGAGAGGUGGAGCUCCAUGGAUGAGCUGAGCUCCAUAAACACCAGCACGAGCAGCUUCACCAGCAGCUUUGCCAUGUGCUUCAACAAGCCCUCCUCGGGGAGGGCAGGGACGCCUGUUGACCCUGAAAAUAUCGACACAGAGCAGAUCAACUUCACCGCUGCUCGGCAGCAGUUCCUGAUGCUGGAGAAGACCAACCCAGGCUCUUUUUUCAGCCCAGGGCUACAGGCCCUGUCUCCAAAGCCAGAGUCAAUGACAAAAGUCUCCAGGCAAGAGUGGCCGAGUCCUGAGACGGCCACGAAGGCUGCGAGAGGUUACGGUAGUGCUGGUGCAUCCAGCCAGAGCAGGACGGACAAGACUGUUUAUCAGGUUUAUAGUGUGUCCUACAACACACCUGCGAAGGAGGAGGUUUAUGCUCCCAGAAGCGCUGAUACUGAAAAGUCGUAUCCCACCACGAAAAUGUCCAGCUUGACUAAAGCAUCUUCCAGAGAGGACCUGGACUCUGGCUUGGGCGAGAUGUAUAAUGAGGCCAGCGUGGGCUAUGCCAGCGAUGGAAGCACAUCCAGUGAGAUCGUCAACGGCCUUGUGGGUCUGAGGGCCGGCAGCAACGGCCUGGACAAGGGGAUGAAGUUUGGCAAUGAGACACCCAUCGAGCGGGAGAUCCGCAUGGCCAUGGAGAGGGAGGAGAACCUCUGGAAGGAGAGGGGCAUCCAGCGGCUGACCUCCAGCAGCGAGCUGGUGGAGAUCAAGACCAAGCCUCUCCUCUCCAUGGACGCCUCUCCCAGCCCUGGCAGGAAAGGGAAGGACAAAGGCCACGCUUCCCGUUAUGUCCAGAGGGAAAUUGAGCAGGAAAUCAAGCGCGAGGAAGAUCUGAGGAAGCAGGGGAGGCUGCUGGGGACGUAUGACCGGGGGACGCAGCAGGAGCUGGACGAGCGCCGGAGGGUGUUCGAGCAGGAGGAAGCCCCCCCGCAGAAGCCCACCCCCCCGAGGAAGGUAGAGGAGCGGAGGGGCUGGGUCAGUGAGUCUGUGGCGGAGCAGCCCACGAGCCACGGCCCCUGCCCCGCAGGAGACACGAGGGGUGGCAGAAGCCCUCCCAGCCGCACGGCGCCGCCGGCCAGAAGAGCCAGGACCAGCCCCUGGUGUCCCGGCACGUUUCCGCCAGCACCAGCAAAUGGGGGAGCGAGGAGUCCUGGGGCUCCCCCGCGGCCCGGGGGCUGCCCCCGCGCCCUGACUGUGAGGCAGCAGCCCCCCGCUAAGGAGCUUUGGGGGGGACUCGAGAGGAAAGCGAAGCCCGAGCCGGUGGCUGCCCGCGGCGGGGCCAGUUCUGACAAAGCGUUUGGCUACAACGACCUCAUUAGGAAACCAUGA